AUGGCUAUUACCAACGGAGCGGAAGGAGAGGUUCCCAGGGCUCGGGUGCUCUGUCCAGAAAAGCUUUCCGCAGACGGCCUGACUCUGCUCCGCAAGACACUUGACGUCGACGAAAAGCAAGGCCUAACACCAGACCAACUCAUCUCCAUCAUCCCCGAAUACGAUGCUCUGUUGGUCCGCUCCGAGACGAAAGUCACCGCGGAGCUGCUCAAUGCCGCCCGUAAACUGAAAGUUGUCGCUCGAGCGGGUGUUGGUGUGGACAAUGUCGAUGUCCCCGCUGCCACAAGGCUGGGCAUCGUGGUGGUCAACUCGCCGAGCGGCAAUAUUCAAGCUGCUGCCGAGCACACGAUUGCCUUGCUCAUGAGUAUGGCCAGGAACAUCCCCGAUGCUUGUGCGAGUCUGAAGGGCGGGAAGUGGGAGAGAAGUCGGCUCGUCGGUGUCGAGGUCAAAGGGAAGACCCUGGGGAUUAUCGGCUUGGGCAAAGUCGGCCUGAUCGUCGCUCGAAUGGCUCGAGGCCUAGGAAUGAACGUCGCCGCCGCGGAUCCGUACGCCUCACCUUCCGUUGCUACCGCCGCAAACGUUCAACUCGUAGAAUCUCUCUCCGAGUUGCUCCCUCUUGCCGACUUCCUCACGAUCCAUACCCCGAUGCUGGCAUCAACUCGUGGUAUGCUCUCGACGUCGGAGCUCAACUCGAUGAGGCGAGGUGCGCGCAUCCUCAACGUCGCCCGCGGAGGCAUCGUCGACGAAGAGGCCCUGUUGUCGGCGCUCGAGUCCGGUCACAUCGCAGGCGCCGCGAUCGACGUGUUCACCUCCGAGCCACCGCACAAGGACGCCAACUCCUGGGCGGCAAAACUCGUCCAGCACCCCAAGUGCAUCGCCACACCUCACUUGGGCGCCUCGACAAUCGAAGCACAAGAGAACGUGUCCAUCGACGUGUGCGAGCAAGUGCUGCAGAUCCUCGCGGGAGACCUGCCCAGAAGCGCCGUCAACGCCCCCAUCAUACUACCCGCCGAGUACAAGACCCUGCAACCGUUUGUGCGCCUCGUCGAGAAGAUGGGCUCCCUCUACACCCAACACUUCACGUCGCCGAACCAACCCCUCCACCGCCGAAACAUGAACACCUUCGACCUGAUCUACGAGGGCGAAAUCGCCAACAUGUCGUCCACGAAACCCCUUUUCGCGGCCCUGAUCAAGGGCCUCACAUCGCCCAUCUCGGACGCUGAAGGCUUCAACGUCAACAUCGUGAACGCCGAAAUGGUGGCCAAGGAACGUGGCAUCUUCGUCAACGAGCAGAAAUCCCGUGACCCGUCCACGCAAGCGUAUUCCAGCCUCGUGACGCUCGUCGUCCGACCCGCCAGUCGAGCACCCUCGCUGUCUCGGCAUUCCAGCGCCAUUGAGACCCCCACUGUUUCGUCCAACCCAGGGCCCAGCGAAGGCGGCGGCACCAAGCAGCACAUCAUCUCGGGCUACUGCAGCGACAACUCCCCCUUCAUCAGCCGGGUCGACCGCUUCGCCACGUCCUUUGUGCCAGACGGCACGUUGUUGAUCUGCCACAACUACGACUCGCCGGGCAAGAUCGGACUCGUGGGCAGUAUUCUGGGCCGAGAGGGCGUCAACAUCAACUUCAUGAGCGUCGCGCCCGCUACAUACUCCGCAGCAUCCACGCUGGGUUCAACUGACGCGCAAGCAGCUAAAGAGACGACCGAGGCGUUGAUGAUCCUGGGCGUCGACAAGGAGGUCGGAGAGGCUGUCAAGAAAGAGCUGGUCAACGCGAAGGGUGUAUUGAGCGUGAGUAGCGUGACGUUGUGA